AUGGAAUUGACUCGUCAGAAGGGCCGCACUGCAGAUUCUGAUACAGUUGGACAGCUACGAAGACUUGCAGACUCGAGCAUGCAAGGAGGGUCGGAUGGAUGCGCUCGUGGUGUUGUGGCAUCGAAUGUUGCAGGUGAAGAACAUCUGGUGAAAUCUAGUGAUGGAGGGGCGGCCAUUGGAGCCAGGAAGAAAUUUGGCUGCCAAGCUCACGCCAAGCGAUGCAGCUCAAGCUCCCCUGCUGAACAUCAUUUUCUCAACAACACCAAUGUUCCUUCAGUCUCCACACAUCUACAGCCUCACACUUUGGUAUCAUUCAUUAUGGCCUGUUCCAGUUGCUAGUGCAGUGGUACUGCCGAUAUACCAGCAAGCAACAGCUACCAUAAUCAAUAAACUUCCACGAGAUGAUUCAUCCUCACCCGAAGACGGUUGA